AUGUAUCAGAUUGGGAAUAUCUAUGGUAUCACGGCUAUUGCCGUUAUUGGUGGUGGGUUGUUUGGGUUUGAUAUUAGCUCUAUGAGCGCUAUUUUACCGACUCAACAAUACCGAUGUUACUUUAAUCAGGGACCGUUGGGUCCGCCUUUUACAGGGCCUGAGGAUGCGUGCUCUGGACCUAAGGCUGAUGUGCAGGGUGGUAUCACCGCUGCUAUGCCCGGUGGAUCCUUCGUCGGUGCUCUCGUAUCUGGAUACCUGACUGAUAAGCUGGGUCGUCGUCGCGCGAUCCAGAUCGGCUGCCUCAUCUGGAUCAUCGGAUCCAUAAUUUCUUGUGCAGCCCAGAACAUCGGCAUGCUCAUUGUCGGUCGCUUUAUUAACGGUCUCUCUGUCGGUAUCUGCUCUGCUCAAGUCCCUGUCUACAUAUCUGAACUAGCGCCUCCGUCCCGCCGUGGUCGCGUUGUCGGAAGUCAACAGGCCUUCCGUAUCCCAUGGGCCCUGCAGAUGAUCCCAGCCAUUAUCCUUGGUUUCGGCCUUGUAUUUCUCCCCGAAUCCCCCCGAUGGCUUGCGCGCCAUGACCGCUGGGAAGAGACUCAAGCUGUUCUUGUGCUGGUUCAUGGAAAGGGUGAUCCCAACAGCCCGUUUGUCAAGCUCGAAAUGGAUGAGAUCCGCCAGGCGAUUGAGUUCGAACGCCAGAACGCCGAUGUCACUUUUAUGGAGCUAUUCAAGCCCAAUAUGAUCAACCGUCUUCAUAUUGGUGUCUUUACCCAGAUCUGGUCCCAACUCACUGGAAUGAAUGUCAUGAUGUACUACAUUACUUAUUUGUUCGGUAUGGCCGGGCUCAGCGGAAAUGUUAACCUCGUUGCGAGCUCCAUUCAAUAUGUCAUCAACGUAAUCAUGACUGUACCGGCCCUCCUCUUCAUGGACCGUUGGGGACGCCGCCCCAUGUUCGUCAUAGGCGCCACCCUCAUGAUGACCUGGAUGUUCGCUAAUGCCGGUCUCAUGGCUUCUUACGGCAAGCCUGCACCCCCCGGUGGUCUCAAUAACAUUGCCGAGCAAUCGUGGGAAAUUGGCGGCGCCCCUUCGAAGGCCGUAAUUGCCUGCACCUACCUCUUCGUAGCUUCCUACGCACCCACCUGGGGACCAGCAUCAUGGGUCUACCCCCCUGAGAUCUUCCCGCUCCGUAUCCGCGGCAAAGCCGUUGCGCUGUCGACCUCCGCAAACUGGAUCUUCAACUUUGCCCUAUCCUACUUCGUUCCCCCAGCCUUCGUCAACAUCCAGUGGAAGGUGUAUCUCAUCUUUGGCUGCUUCUGCGCUGCAAUGGCUAUCCAUACGUUUUUGCUUUUCCCAGAGACUGCUGGAAAAACGCUUGAAGAUGUGGAGGAGAUGUUUAUGACGAGGAUCCCUGCGUAUAGGACGAGGGUUGAAUACAGCUCUACGAGGAAUGCCGAGAGGGGACGGUUUGGAGAGAAGGGAGCUGGGCUGGAGCAGAGUCCGGAGAGGAUGGAGAAUGCUGAGGUGAAGGUUUAA